AUGGUCAACUCCGGACCCAACAUCAAAGGAACGGGGAAGAAGGACGGAAGCACAGCAGAGCUUCGGCCGUCCGACACCAUCGCCGUCGAACAACCGAAGCACCUUCUACCCGACCGAAUCCGCCGCAGUCCUCCGCCCACCACCGCCCCGCCUCUGCCAUCACCACUGGCCGGAGGCAAAAAGAUGGUAAUUCCCAAGCCCACCAACAGGGGAAAAGGGAAAAGAACAGAGAACGCGGCGGAACUUCGAAACCCACCUCCCUUCACCACUCACCGGAAAACCGAAAUAGCCCGCUGGUCGGCCAAAGAAAUACCGACCCAAUCUUAA